UUUUGUCGACAGCUGGGCUCCUCUUCGGCUCCAUGAUGGCGAUGUUUCGGAGCUUUGUGUCGGGGAGCACCCAGCUCCGCCAGCAGCAGCAGCAGUCCAACAGCGGCCCCGGGCCCCUGGCGGCCCCUCCGGAGGGCGUAGAGAGCCAGUUCUCCUGCCCCAUCUGCCUGGAGGUUUACCACAAACCCGUCAGCAUCGCCAGCUGCGGACACACGUUCUGCGGGGAAUGUCUGCAGCCCUGUCUCCAGGUGUCCUCUCCGCUCUGCCCGCUCUGCCGGGUUCCCUUUGAGCCCAAGAAGGUGGAGCGGUCCUCCAGCGUGGAGAAGCAGCUGGCCUCCCUCAAAGCCCCCUGCAGGGGCUGCAGCAAAAAGGUGUCCCUGGGGAAGAUGAGGUCCCACAUCUCGUCCUGUUCCAAAGUGCAGGAGCAGAUCGCCAACUGUCCCAAGUUCGUCCCGGUGGUCCCCACCUCUCAGCCCAUCCCCAGCAACAUUCCCAACCGGUCCACGUUCGUCUGUCCGUUCUGUGGAGCCAGGAACCUGGACCAGCAGGAGCUGCUGAAGCACUGCAUGGAGAACCACCGCAAUGACCCCAACAAAGUGGUGUGCCCGGUGUGCUCCGCCAUGCCGUGGGGAGACCCCACCUACAAGAGCUCCAACUUCCUGCAGCAUCUCCUCCACAGACACAAGUUCUCCUACGACACCUUUGUGGACUACAGCAUCGAUGAGGAGGCGGCGCUGCAGGCAGCUCUGGCUCUGUCUCUGGCUGAGAACUGACAGCAGGCCCUCCUCGCCCCGGCGGCUGUUCUUCCACGGGUCAGAACCUUUUAAGCCAUCACGUGGACAGACCUGACCCGACUGUAUCAUAACAUGGCAGCCACCUCCUUCUCCUGUCGUAGCAGUGCACUUUGACCUUUCAGUUUCACCGUCCUCCUUAUGGACUUCAUGUUUUUGGACGGGCCGGCCCGCGGGUCAGGAGUGGAUCCACCCAUUAACUCCUCGUCUUCUCACAGAACCGUCUGCAGUUCAUCCCAGCAGCUUGGAGGUCCGCCUCCCUGGAAAGACGCCGGUCUAUGACUCUUAAACCCGUCGGUGGUCCAGCCCUCUGUGAUGUCACCGGGUGGACACUCUGACCCGGUACUUCAGAGCAGCACUGCCAGACUUCAGGGGAUGGGAACCAAGAAGGGACGUUGUCUGUUCCUUCUCUGUAGCUGCCCACAGCGUUCCAGAUGAAGAUCAGUGAAGCUGGUUCAGCCCCUCAGUUCCGUUUCAUUCCAAUGCCUCAGUUUAACGUUGGUCCAACCAGAAUUCUGAUCACUUCUGACAGGCAGCAGCUAGAGAUUAGGGUGAUGGUAAGGAGUCAGUCCAUUACCAGCCAAACAUGCAAAAGGAGGGCGGUUGCUGUCUGACGAUGAUGAUGAUGGUUUAUCCAUACCUUGAGGAGGACCUAAUCUUUUUUAAUAACACGGGAAAACAACAGAUAUGUUUUGAUAAUAUUUUCUGUCAUUCUGUUUUCAGGUUUUAUUUUAAAUUUCCUGUCAGGAAGGAAGUGGUUAGAAUCCUCUAAAGUCCAGACUGAUCUGGCAUCGAGGCUGCAGACCAGCACAGGCCUGCAGGAUGGGAGACAUGACAGGUGAUAGCAGUUAGCAUCCAGUGCUAACACCUGACCUACAGGUGGUCCAUGAAACCCAGAAGCAUGCAGACACAGUAGAAAGGAACAACUCCAUUCAACAGGAACAGAAUCUGAGCAGAACUGGGCCCAGGAGAACUGGGCCCAGCGUUAGCGGCAGGUGGAGAGCAGAGCCACCAUGUAUUCUGUUGGUGCGCGGCUGGAAGUCUGUUAAUUUCUGGGCUGUCGAACAACGGGUCAGACUAGCUUCUGUUUGUCUUGCUGAUGGUGGAUGUUGGUCCGGUUCUGGUUGAUUCUGACAGCUCCAAAUUAGAGCAAUGGUUCCUCUUUAUUAACCCAGUACAUGCAGGGGUCAGAGCUGCGGGUCAUGUGACACAGUGCGGCAUACAGGAAGGUGUCAGAUGCUGAGCUUCAUGGGUGAUGGUUUGUGAAGCCCAUCAAACCACCGCCUGACCCCCACCCACCCACCAUGUGUCUCCAUAGGAGCCCGGAACAGCUGAACAGAGACCAUUCAGGAAUGUUGAACGUUUGUUUGGGAGCCUUGGUUCAGUUCUAUCCCUCCGAUCGCCAAACAGAACAUCCUGCUCCAGCGAACCCACACCUGUUCUGGUUUCACCACUAGAGGGCAGUCUUUCUCUGUAAAUUCUAACAGGUAGAAGAGGGUCAGGCAGGAAGGGGCCUAUUUAUGCUGGAUGUUGUUGAAAAUGAUCAGGUUUUAGUUUGUUCUUCAUCUUCUUGUUGAGUUUCUUCUCUUCUAAGUGUGGGUUGUGAUUUAUUCACCAUUUAAAGGUCCAGAGUCUCCUGUCAGAAAUCUCCUAGUAUUUGAUCAAGAGUGGUCAUUAAGUUUGAUAUUCUGAGCAAUAUUACGCUGCCAUCAUUCAAAAGAGAAAAGGAUAAAAACGAGCCUCAGAGGAAUCCUUUUUUUCAUUUGUUGGAUGAUCUGAAGAAAGAAAAAACGGGACUUCCACAUGAGGAAAGACGCUGAUCAUUUGCAUCCUCAGCUGAUCUGAAGUUUUUGUUUUCUGCACUGUUACCGUGGAAACGGUUGUUACAUCCGAGUUACCUUAUGUUUACUGUCACAUAGACUAGUCACACUGUCUGUUUCUUAGGGUUCUGUCUGGUUUACUAAGAACAAACAAUGAUGGUUUUGCAGAAGAUUAAUUUUGUCAACUUCUCUUAAAUAAAACUAUUUUAC